AUGUUCAAAAAAACACUUGUGGCUCUCGCCAAAAGCGGCGCCAAGGCGAUCCCGCCUGUCAAACUCGGCUACAAAAAUAUGCUCAAGGACCCUUCCCUCAAGUACAAGCCUUUUCCAGCGGUAAAACUGCCCAACAGACAAUGGCCCGACCAGCGAAUCACCAAAGCGCCUCGCUGGCUGUCCACUGACCUCAGAGACGGUAACCAGUCCCUCCCGGACCCCAUGUCGGUAGAGCAGAAAAAGGAGUACUUCCACAAACUGGUAGAGAUCGGGUUUAAGGAAAUCGAGGUAUCGUUCCCUUCUGCUUCGCAAACAGAUUUCGACUUCACGCGGUACGCCGUGGAAAACGCUCCUGAAGACGUAAGCAUCCAAUGUCUCGUGCAGUCGCGCGAACACCUCAUCAAGAGAACCGUGGAGUCGCUCUCCGGCGCCAAAAAGGCCACCAUCCACGUUUAUCUAGCCACCAGUGACAUGUUCCGCGAUAUCGUGUUCAACAUGUCCCGGGAAGAAGCCGUUGUCAAAGCCGUUGAAGCCACCAAGCUUGUGCGCAAGCUCACCAAAGACGACCCUGCCCAGCAGGCCACCGAGUGGACGUACCAGUUUUCCCCAGAGACCUUUAGCGACACCUCUCCAGAGUUCGCUGUGGAAAUCUGCGAGGCUGUAAAGGCUGCUUGGGAACCUACUGCCGAAAACCCAAUCAUUUUCAACCUACCUGCAACUGUCGAAAUGGCCACUCCUAACAACUACGCUGAUCAAAUCGAGUAUUUCUCGACCCACAUCUCGGAAAGGGAAAAAGUUUGCAUCUCAACACAUGCACACAAUGACCGUGGCUGUGGUGUCGCGGCCUCGGAACUAGGUAUAAUGGCAGGCGCCGACCGUGUCGAAGGCUGUCUUUUCGGAAACGGUGAGCGUACUGGUAACGUCGACCUUGUCACUGUCGCUUUGAACAUGUACACCCAAGGUGUCAACCCGGAACUGGACUUCUCGGAUUUGAACUCGGUUGUUGAAGUUGUGGAACGUUGCAACAAGAUUCCAAUUUCUCAAAGAGCACCUUACGGUGGUGACUUGGUCGUUUGUGCCUUCUCUGGCUCUCAUCAAGAUGCCAUCAAGAAGGGUUUCGCUCUUCAGGAAAAGAGACGCGCCGGCGGUGACCAAGAGUGGAAGAUUCCAUACUUGCCUUUGGAUCCAAAGGAUAUUGGUAGAGACUACGAGGCUGUCAUCAGAGUCAACUCUCAAUCCGGAAAAGGUGGUGCUGCUUGGGUGAUUCUAAGAUCCCUCGGCCUUGACCUCCCAAGAAACCUACAAAUCGAGUUCUCGACGGUGGUUCAGACUAAAGCCGACUCGCUUGGCAGAGAGCUAAAGAGCCAAGAGAUCACGGACUUGUUCAAGGAAACAUACAACCAUAGCGGUUCGAUCGGUAAGGUCACCCUUUUGGAUUACGAAGUCACCAAGCUCGACAAGGAACGCAGAGCUCUUACUGGCCAGGUCCAGAUUAACGGCAAUAUUUACGACAUUCAAGGUACUGGUAACGGUCCGAUUUCGUCUCUUGUCGACGCCAUGUCCAACCUAUUCAACCUCAGAUUCAGCGUUGCCAACUACACCGAGCACGCCUUGGGAUCUGGCUCGUCCACCCAGGCUGCGUCUUUUAUCCACCUAAUGUACAGACGUGAAGUCGACAACGAAAACGCCUACAAGUGGGGUGUCGGUGUGUCUGAAGAUGUUGGUGAAGCUUCUACAAAGGCUAUUCUCUCUGUUAUCAACACUAUUGUUCAGUCUGGAGACGUUUCUCUGCCAGAACCAGCAUCAAAGGCUUCUGCCUCCGCAUAA